UCAUCAAAAUUCUGCAGGCCAGGUGCGGUAUUAAACUGUGCGGUAACCGUGCGCUAACGGUGUCCCACUCAUACGAAAUCCGCUCUAUAACUAACUGUCCAUGCGCUCAGUACGUUUGCAACGAAUCUCUUCYGGACAAGAAAUCUCUGAAGAUUUUGAUUAAUAUAGUUUUCUUGUGAUAAAUUCUCAAUGGACCUUUGAUCAAAAAUUCAAGGAUUUGAUCUCGAGGUGAUCUUGUUCGAUCAGAGCAAAGUUCAAACUGAAGAAUGUUCAGAUAAACGGUUGUCCAAGGAAGCUUGUGAAAUUCAGGAGUAUAAAAUUUCCACGUAGGGCGAAUUUUCAAAUCGAGGUGUUACGGUAAAUAUUUUUGUUCGGGUUUCUGGCGACCUUCUGGAUGGACUAGCUUGGGUAGUAGCGACUCGAAUGGCGUGGGCCCGUAAUCUGAAUUUUAUCCUACGAGAUGGCACAGGACUUGGAGACAGAGCACGGAGUAAACUUCUCUUUAAUCUUGCUUUAGUCUUGAAUGACGGUACUCUAGCGCACGGCUAGUUGGUCUCUUGACUAGCAUGAGUCAAGCUCAAAGCUAGGAGAGCGGUCUCUCAUCUCUGWUAUUACAAUGAUUCUCAGAACUAUUUAUGCUAGAUCCGUUAUACAAUAUUAAUUACCUAAAGUUAUUUGUUAGCCAAAACAAUCAUAAACUAACGGCGCGUAAAGCUUAACAUCCAAUCACAUUGAUAAUAGCCAAAAUGAGCUAACAUAUAGCUUAACAUCCAAUCACAUUAUUGAUAAUAGCGAAAAUGAGCUAACAUACGCCAAACGUUACUGGCUGUAAUCAUAACGCUAAGUAAAGUGUCCAACUGGUGGUACCAGUAACUUUGAGCACUUUGCACUUUCUGUGAGUAUCUUGUUUCCAGAUAGUGACGCUACUGAAUUAUAGAUAACUUGCAACAGAAGUUCUCGAGGUACUCGUGCUCACAUACUUCAUUGGCUAAUUCCCAAACUCGAUUGGAAUCCACUAACUGCGCGGCAUCGUCGUAAUGCUGGUUGAAUGCUUCUUCAUUUUUGGUCAUCAUACAAAUAUGAUCUUUUUUGACUGGAAGGUUAAGUUCGCAGCCUUCACACGAAGAAUUUAUCAGUUCCCAAAUUUGAUACUCGCAUAAAAAAGCAUAAGAGARUUGUAAGACCGUUGAUAUCAGCUCCAGCAGGAAARAACGUUCAGCCUUUUCAAUUUCUUCAAUCAUAAUUCUCCAACUUGMAGCAUACUCGCAUGUAGACAUCUUCAACAGGAAAUUUAUUACUUGCAAGUCAAUMAGAUCGCAGAAUGACCAACAGGACAGAUUCAGGCAAUAAAUAUCCGCUUAAGCAAAACAAUCGAGAACAAAAGGACUAUUUUAAUCUUAAAAGGCGCACAACAGUGAAUAUAUUAGCAAUGAUAUUCAACUGAAUAGGUGCCAUCACUGAAUGUAUUAAUAAAAUUAUUUUACUCGAAUYAAGCGGUCCUCGAUUCUCCUCGAUCCUCAUCAGGUGUUGGCGGAGCAGCCUUUACUACUCAGGUCCUGCAUAAUGAUUCACUGRCUGCUUGGUGGCGAUGAUAAAUUGUUGUGGUAAUGGUUGAAGGGGAACGGUCUGAUACAUGGAGAGCUUCACUUCCACAACUCUGGUAUGUCAUCUUAUUCCCAGUACCCACUUUUCAGUUUCCACCUCCCCUCCCCCUGCUAUUUUCUGACAGAUUUCGCUCUUUAUUCCAUUUCUUUUGUGCUAUUAAUUGAAAUUACAGUUGAUCCGACGAUUUUUCGCAAAAAAAUCGACUGCCUGACUUUUAGUCAUUGUGACCGUCUUCUUCAGGUAUAAUGAACUGUUUGCAUCUUGGAAAUAAGUGGUCUCCAAAAAUCAAUGUCUGCAUGAAUAAGGUCUUUUUGUUGUUCUGUACGGUGGCUGACAUGCAUAGAAAUGAAUACUUCUGGCGAUAAUAACAACUGAAACACCAAAUGUUUUAAACAACCGAAAUUCAUUUACAUUUCCUAAAAUKUUCAAAGAAAGUAAGCUUAACCCUUUGUAUUUUGAUAACAUACAUUUAGAGUGAAGUCAAUGAACCCGUGAAAUACAUAUUUCACUAUUAGAUGUUAUUACUUGAUAAUUCCAUUGUUUUCUUUUGUGUCUAUUUGACUAUUACAGUUUAAGUAUUUACUUUUAUUUCACGGGUUCAAUGCCUUCACUCUAAUGUUGAUUAGAUGUUUAUAAGCUUUAAAAAUUGUUCAGUUAUUAAUUACAACUGACAAAAUACGUGUUAACUCUGAUAAUUGUGACUAGAAUACUGUCAUUCCUACACACCUGAGAGUGAUUUGACCAGACUUUUAGCUCUGGGACUAAACGUCGGUCAGUCAGAAAAUCUCAAAGUACGCCGUGCUUGUAACUAUACAAACUUGUCGAAGAAGUGUAUUAUUUCGGUCUUUAUUGCAUUCCCUUGUUGUAUCAAUUGAAAUUACGGUUGUUCCGACGAAAAAAAAAAUAACAACAAAAAAACAAAAAACAAAAAAAACGAACUAAACGUCAGGCAGUCGAGAAAUCUCAAAGUGCCGUGUUUGUGACUAUAUAAACUUGUCCAACAGUAUCGUUUCGGUCUCUAUUGCAUUCACGACUAGGUGGUAGAGACACACCUCUGGGAGAAAUCAGAAGUGAGAAGCGAUUUUUCGAGGAGAACAGUUGCAGGACGAGGUUUGUUUUGAACUGGAGUCGUUGGAGUAAAGUCGCUUCUCUGGUCCUUUUGUGGCAGAUUUCACAGCCUACAAAGGUAAAUUUGGGUGGUUUUAACAACCAAAGAAAGAAAGGGUUGCAAUAUUUUGCCUGUAGGUGCGAGUGACUCGGCAACAAAACGAGAAUCCUGCAUACCUCAUGCCGAAAUUUUUAUGCCUUCCCAUGUUGCUCCUCGGGCGUGCAUGCGAGCUUCAUGGACUGCGUCCUCAGAACAGAGCUUUAACUCAAUCUGUAUAGACUUUGAUGUAGUAUAAGCGCCGAGACAUGAAUCAGUGUUCUAGCGUAGAGUCUCCAAAGUAGUUCGACUUUUUGCUGGGAAAAUGCAUUUUUAGACUCGAAAUCGAAUGUUUCUCACCGCUAUCCAAAUUAGUUCAAAAUCUAAAUUCUGGCAAUUCCUUGAAAACCAGGGCCUUUUUUCCAGAUUUUCUCGUUGAUGUGUAUUUUUUUGUGCUCUAGGUUUCAUUGUAUUUACCAAGUGUAUUGUUGCCGCGUGAUUUUGAGAAGUUAUGAUUUUUGAAAGCAUGGGUCGUACAGGUCCUAAGUUUGCAUAGUCGGACAGGAAGGAGUUAAUGACAACGACACCGGGCAGGCUCUUUCCUUCCAUUGACUUAUACUUUGAAUUACGGUAAACAGAAAAUUAAUUCAAGGGUCAUGAUUCAAAGAGACUGAACCUUUUCGUGAUUUUCAGCACUUGAUAUCUAUUGAAAAUUAAACACACUCACUAUCUAAUAGAAUGGAUAAUUAGUGACAGGCAGUAUAAUCGAUUUACGGUAGGUUAGUUUGUACAACAAGACAAGUUGGGCUUCUAAAAUCUAUCCUCUGCAAAACCGAAAUAAAUUGAGAAUAAACACUACACACAUAUAAAUUAAACAUUCGAAUCCCUUCAUCAAGCAUUUUUGAUACUCCAAGGUUGGAUAUACGUAAUCUGUAAGUGCUAUUUUGACUCGAUGUGAAAACCACAGGCUGGCUACAGUUACUCCAAAUCAUCAUCUGCAUACAGUUAGGCUCGCAUCAUUCCUCGCUGCCUCGCAUUCCUCGCUGCCUCGCAUGCCUCGCUGCCUCGCAUGCCUCGCUGCCUCGCAGAUUGGCAGGACACCAAUAAAAUUUAUACUUGAUUGAAUCUAAGCUUGUACAAAAGAUGUGGUAAUUGCAUAAAUCUCAUAUAUUAUUAUCAUGAUCACAUCAUUCAAAGUCUGCCCGUGUAAACAGCGUUUUCGGAUGCCUCUACGUUUCUUGGUAGUGCUGAUACGGAAUCGGCGGAUCUCGGUGUGUUUUGUCGUUUUGAUGACCUUAGCAUACGGCUUAAUUCAAGCAAUAAUCAYUUCUAAUGGAAACCACUCACUUAAGACCCAUUCCUUGUCUACAAGUACUUUCCGGCCAAUCCACASUAAAUCUCCUUUCUGUAACAAGAAUCUCAUGGAUAUUCCCUCUGCAGUAAAAAAUUCCGAAUGUCUGAGCUGUAARUCUGUGACAUGUCAAAAUAUGCUCUUUGGAAAAGGCAACGAGUCAUUUUAUGCCAAAGCUAAAAGCUGGAUGAGAGAGCAUCCGCGGAAAUUUUUGAGUGACUUGGACAUUGCUUCUCUUGCUAGAGAAUGUGAGAACUUCAAAAAAACUCAUGGAUACUGCAUGGAGCCCAUAGAUGAAGAGGAGGCCAUAUUUCCAAUAGCAUAUAACAUAAUAAUGCACAAAGACUCUUCUCAGGUAGAGCGCUUGCUUCGUGUUAUUUACCGUCCACAGAAUGUGUACUGUAUUCACGUAGACGCCAAAUCAUCUAAGAAAUUAAUUGAUGCGAUGCAAGCAGUUGCWAAGUGUUUUCCCAAUGUCAUCAUUGCAUCAAAGCUGGARCGGGUUGUCUACGGCGGAUUUAGUCGCUUACAGGCGGAUAUCAACUGCAUGAAGGAUUUAGUCGCGUCACCAUUCAAGUGGAAGUACUUAAUUAAUCAAGCUGGUCAAUCUUUCCCACUGAAAACAAACUCGGAAAUUGUAAAAAUCUUGAAAACCUACAAUGGUGCUAACGACAUUGAAGGUAAACAAAGUACGWUCAGWAMUCGAUUCGAGUUUGAAUGGAUUGAGACCGAUGUAMAUACCAAUCAUCCGAGAAUGACUAAAACAGGAAAUCGCAAUCCUCCACCUCCAUAUGGAAUUCGUAUCGUUAAAGGAAGCGCGUAUGGUAUUUUUAGCAGGGCAUUUGUAGAGUUUAUUUUAACUAAUAAGAAAGCCAAGGCACUUUUAAAGUGGUCGAGGAAAACAUGGAGCCCAGAUGAACAUUACUGGUCUACAUUGCAUCAUAYGUACGUAAAUCCACAACUUAAGGCCCCUGGUGGUUUCUCAGGUGUUCCCCAUGAAAAGCCGUGGCACGCCGUGUAUGCUGUGUGGSSCGGRGAGAAGUGCCCAGGAGGAAUUUGGAGAMAUGGCGUAUGUAUAUUUGGAGUGGAAAGUUUGCGUAUUCUUCCUGCCCGAAAAGAGCUUUUCGCCAACAAAUUCUAUGAGGAUUUUGAUCCUUUGGCUUUAGAUUGUCUGGAGAACUGGAUCGAUUACAAAACGUUUUGUCCAUCAGAGUUCGAUCUUAAUUAUUACAAAUCUUUGCCAUUUAAUCUGAAGAAUUAAAUUAGAUGACAAUUUCUAACGGUUCUUUUCCAGUUUUACACGCACUGAAAGUGUUCUAUUUCCACGUAUAAACAUAACAAUAAUAUAGCUCAGUACUCCAUUUUCAAAUUCAAAGCAAAUAACCUGUAAAUUGUUAGGGCUAUUGUACAUUUUCUCGUGCUCUCUUUUCUGUUCGGUAAGGUUCAUGGGUAUCUAGUUUCAAUGCUGAUCUACUUCACAUAAUAUUCAUAAGGUUUUCCAGCCAUCCCUGAUUUAAUUUGUACCACGUGCAGUAACUGGAAACCAGAGGAAGUUACUCCUACCUUGUAUAUCCAGUUACUUUUAGUAUCCAGUUACUUCUAGUAAUGUUUUUAAAGUCCAACAAUAAGGACUGUAUGGAAUUUCAAGUCCGCCCAAUUAGUUCCACUCCGAGYUUUAUUUCCAGUUAUUUCUACUGGAAAAUUUUUCCAGACUUCUACAUAUAUAUUUUCAAACUAUUACUAUCUAAUAAUAACUAGAGCGAGGGGAGGAAGGAUGACUGAGCGGUUAAAACAUCUAUCACUGUGGUAUCACAAUCAGCAAAGGAAGAAGUGACAAUAGGUUUAUAGUGGUAAUCGAAAAAUUGUAUUAUAUUGAGCCCUAAUAAAGUUAACAUUACUAAGACUAAA